AUGUUGCGAGAGCGGGUACAAUUCGUUCACGGACAUGCGAGCCUGAGUUCCCUUGCCCACGAAGGGCUUUUGCAUUCACACCACCUCGGCAUACGCACGGUUUUUACAGAUCAUAGCCUAUUUAGCCUUGACGACGCUACCGGUAUUUUGACAAAUAAACUCUUGGCUGGGGCGUUGAAAAGUGUAGAUGCUAUAAUUGGCGUUUCACAUACCGGCCGCGAGAAUACCAUGUUGCGCGCUAAUGCAGUUGUUGAAGUUCUCCAAAAUCCGGCCGAUCCGCGAUUCUUUGUCGUCCCGAAUGCAAUAUUGCCAGAGCAAUUUCAGCCAGGCCCUGUAACUCAGCGUGACCUAAAGAAGCAAAUCACUAUCGUUGUGAUUUCGCGUUUGGCCUACCGAAAAGGAGUAGACUUGCUAGUCGCAGCCGCUCCGCGAAUAUGCGCUCAAUUCCCUCAAGUGCACUUUGUUAUUGGCGGUGAUGGUCCAAAGUUGACUAACCUGCUUCAGAUGCGUGAGAGGCACAUGUUACAAGACAGAAUUCAUCUUCUGGGCUCUUUACGCCAUGAUCAAGUUCAUGAGACAUUGUUGAAAGGAGACAUCUAUCUGAAUACGUCAUUAACCGAAUCUUUCGGAAUCGGUCUUCUGGAAGCCGCUUGCACAGGAUUAUAUGUGGUGAGCACCCGAGUCGGAGGUGUACCUGAAGUUCUGCCUCAAGAUAUGAUAUCGUUCGCAAUGCCCGAGGAAGACGAUGUGACCCGCGCACUUGGAGAAGCUAUUGCCAUUGUCACAAAAGGCAAACACAAUCCACAAAAAGCACACGAGCGAAUUAAAUCAAUGUAUAGCUGGACGGACGUGGCGCAGCGGACGAAUGAGAUAUACAAUUGGGUUGCCACCAAGGAACCUCUCUCGUUUUGGGAACGAUUAUGCCGGACAUACGACUUGGGGAUGUUCGCCGGGCCGAUCUACGUGAUCAUUCUUGUCGUUGAUUGUUUCUUCUUUGCAUUUUUAGAGUGGUGGUUGCCCCGUGAUCAAUUGGAUGUUCUGAGCGACGAAGACGAGUGGGAUGCGUCUAGAUUCGCUAGGCUUUUCCACCCACCAAGACCGAGCUCACUCAAACAGGCCGAAAAUAAUCCUAGGUUGACAAGCAUUCGCGUGCGAACGUAUCCUCUCGACUUGGCCGUGUACGGCCAUUCUGCCUCGACGACUCCACACCUUCUUCCAACCAUUACAUGGGGUAAAAACAACACUCCCCAUGAUGAUGGUGAUGCGUAUGAUCCGCCACCAAACUCACGGGCCUUGGGACUCUACCCCAGGCACCACACACGGUUAAGCUCCUAUUCCUCCCCCUCCCCAAAAGCUGACGUCAGAAACUUCCACGCGACGAGGGGUUAUCGCGGAGAUAGCAUGAUGAGCUCAUUUGGACCUGCUUUAUCGAGCGGACACAGGCGCAGGACUGUCCCCCGGGCGGGUUCGCGCUCGGGUAUGCGGUGA